UAAACGUAAUUGAAAACAAAUAGUGGCCAGAAACUAUGCUUGACCAUAGAGUAACAGGUGACAGAUGUUAAAAAAAAUACAGGUGACAAAAACCGAGCGCAAAAUAUAAAAAAAAACAUUGAUUCAAAUUUUUAUCUAAAAUAUCAAAAGUGCAAAAUGUUGAACGUUUACAUCAACCAAUAAAGUUUAUUGUUUACUAUUGGACACUAAAUAAUGAGUGUAUAUUUUGUGUACUUGACUUUUGUGAUUUAAUUUGUAUCAUGUACAGUUUAAAAGGCAUAUUUCCAGAGCCAAAAAAGGAGCAAAAAAAGAAUUUUAUCCGAGAAAAUAUGAAGCAAUUAAAGUUUAUACAAGGCAAGUCGCCAAAAGAGCCUAGAUUUCAAUUAAAAAAUGCUCACGGUACUCGACUGAGCAACCCAUCACCAGCUGGUAGCUCUUUAAGCCAAGUUAAGUCAUCACCAUCAAAUAAAAGCGGGAAGAUUACUACUCUAAAUGUUUCUAAAACCAACUCAAUGAAUUCUCGAAAGAAGAGUCCUGAUUUAAGAAUAAAAAAAGGUGACAUGGCAGAAUUUUUGAAACGGAAAGAGUUGAGGCAGACCAAACCUGCAGAUCACUUAUUGGAUGAAGAUGUGAAGUCUUCAGACUCAUCUGAUCGUUUACGUGAUGUCGCUUGUCAGACUGUGGAAACAAAUCUAGCUCAGAAAUUGGAAAGUGCAAAGUUAACUAUGUUAUAUCCUAAAGAAAGUGAAGAUGAGGCGAAACUUAAAGCAAGUGGGGACAGAGGACACUAUAGAAGCCCAGUGAUGUCACCACAGAGACAUACAAAUGAUGACAUAUUGGAAUUAGAACAUAAUCGUAGCAGGCUCAAUUCUAUAUUAGAGAGAAAAGAUAAUAAAGAUCCUUAUUUGCCCUCUGGUUAUCAAAAAGGUGUUGUACCAAAAUACAUACGAGAACGCAAGGACCAAAUCACUAAGGAGUUGGAGAACUCGAAAGUUGAAGAUAAUCACAUUAUGUGCCCCCCUGGCCAUGUGACCCUUCCAGAUACUGAGAGGAAGGAAACUUUACGUAUGCUCAGAAAUAGCUUCGCCGAGUUGGUAAACGAACUUAACAAAAUGCCAGUGAAGACGGACACAUUGAGAAUGAGAAAUAGAAAAAUGGAGUUAGAGAAACAGCUCGCCAAACUGGAAGAAGGCAUCAAAGUGUUCUCUAGACCAAAGGUUUUUGUCAAGAUAGGAGAAUGAGUUGUAAACCCUGACUGGAGUUGAUUGCUGUUCCAGAUUUGUGAUGUAUACCACUUUACCGUCCAGUAUUAUAUUUAAAUGUAAACAAAAUUAAAUAUGUAAAAAUUCUUGUGAUCUCUGUAUGUAAGUUUCUUUUUCUUGUAUUUUAGAAUAUAAUUAAUUAAUGUUGUAUGUUAAAUAACUUUGUUGUAAUUAAUAUAAUAAUAUCGUUUGUACGGUU